AUGUCUACUGAGGAAGUUACUGUAAGCUUAUCUCGUUUAGCUCUGGCUAAAGCUAUUAAAACCCCGGAUGCUGGAGAGGAUGAAGCAGAGCCUUGGUCAAAGAGCAUCAUCUUCCAUCAGCCUCACAUUGAUGAGCAGAUGAGAAACACCAUUUUGAAUCCUCAAUCACAGCAACAAAAUAGACGCAAAAAUGGACGCCAGGGUAAUCAGAAGCAACCUCUUUUAAAGCAACAUAGAUACCCACCACCACCACAACAACAACAACAAUAUCAUCAGCAGCACCAUCAUUCACAGCAAGCCAGACAUGUCGCUCCUCCCAUGAAUCGAGUGAGAUCUGACGAAAUGAGACAGCCAACCCCAUCUCCACCUUUGCAGCAACACAAUAGACCUUCCUACUUUCCAGCACAACCACAAUUGCAGCAGCAGCAGCAGCAGCAAAGACCUUCCUCUCAAAGUGCAAGCAGCGGCGGAAGAUCAUCGCUUUCAUCUGGUAAAUUAGGAAAUCACAGCAAAUCUAAUCGCAAGUUUGUGCCCAGUGAUGAUGAAGAUGAAGAGGAGGAAGACGACGACCAAGAGGAAACAGAUGAUGAGGAGAGUGAUGAAGAGCAACAUGCUGAAACAAAACAUCACAAGAUCAAUGUACCCAAGCCUACCAUCAUUGCACCCUCUCCACCACCCCCUGCUACUACCAUCACGAAUAAUAGUAGUAAAAAAGGAAAAUCUACUAGCCGUAUCCCACAGCCCAGUGAUGAUGAGGAAUCUGAUCAAGAUGAUAGCUCGGUCAAUUCAGAAGAUGAAGAUGUGAAGCAUCAGCAGCCAGAGAAAGAGGAAGAUGAACAGAUGUACGCUCGCAGAAUGUCUACACUGAGACAGCUUGAACGAGGCCCCAGCGCUCACAGAAGAACCAGAUCCACAGGCGAUAUGAUGAUGCUACCACCAGCAGAGGCUUUUAUAGAACCCACCACAGCUGCUCUGGCUGCUACUGCUGCGGAUGGCAGCAAGUUGGGAUCGAUUGAACAGUGGAGAAUGACGGUCAUGGAGGCAGAGGGCAUCAGCACACCUACAUCAAGUGAGUCUAUGCAGUCGCGCCUCACUGAGGAUGUAUCUGAGGAAGAAGGAGAAGGAGACAUGGUCGAAGAGCCUAUCGUACGAUCCACCACCCCUUCUGCGGCGAAUGCUAUCCCCUCUCGUCAACAGACACCAGUGUCUGGUAGCCGCAAUCGCAGAUCCACCAUUGGUGAAAUGGACAUGUUCUACUAUCAGCAACAACAGCAACAGCUCUACAACAUGCAAAUGCAGCAAGCCAUGCAAAUGCAACAGGCACAACAAAUGGCACAAAUCCAGCAAUACCAAGCCAUGCACAUGCAGCAGCAACAAGCGCAACAGCAAUAUAGAAAAGCAAACAACCGCAAAAGCGUGUCUGCCAUGGACCUGAUGAUUCAAAUGGAGCAAGAAAAGGCAGCCACUCGCAAAAACAACAAGAAAAAGAUGCCUGAUCCAUCCAAAGCGACGCUGGCAGAGGGUCUAUUGAGUCGAGUGCCUGAACAAGGCCAACACAACAUCAACUUUCAGCAUCACGUCAUGAAGCAACAGAUGGCUCGUGCCAGCAAAAGCGACUACCAUCUUCGCCAGACUGGAUCCAGUAGACCUCCUAGCUCCAUGAUGAUGAACAAUAGAAGAUCACAGAUGAUUCGAAGCGAGAGUUCACCUAUACCUACUCUUAGUAUGUCUACCCCUAUAAAUCAAGCCUACUUAAUACCACCCAACCAACAGCAACAAAUGCUGAUGCCACCACAAACACAAAUGAUGCCAAUGAUGAAUCCUAGCAGAUCAUCGCAAUAUAUCAGCAGCCACAGUAACAGCAAGAGACAGAGCUCAUACUCUGGCUACAACCAAUUUUAA